AUGGAUUUCGCAUACGACCACAUAGUCGAAGAAGGCCUUCCGAAGGAUAGCAAGGAGAAUAGCAACACUAGCAAUCAGGCUGCAGAAUCUUCCCAGCAGAAACCCGAGCAUACUCUUAAUGAAGACCUUCAGGACGCAUACCGUGCGUUCUCCAGCAGCUCUUGGGGCACAUGGCUUGGUGGAACUGUCGGUAACGUUAUCAAACAGGGCGGGUCUGUAUACAGAGAGGCACAGCAAGAGGUCACAUCGCUCGGUGUAGAUGCUACCCGAAGCUUGGCAAACCUCCGCGCGAGGGCUCUCUCGUUAACCACAACACCUCCCGUUACGGAGAGGGCGCCACCGUCUGGUGAUAAAGAUAAAGAUCCGGAGAGAACCCCGACAACGGACAAAGCGUCUGGUUCCGAUGAGACGGCUAAGGACUCUGAAACGGUCAUAUCACGACUGAAGGCCGAGGCCGCAAAACGCUUGAAGGAUAUCCAACGUGCCGAAGACGCUGCCGACGAGGCGCUCUUAAAGUUUGGUGGAAACAUCCGAGACUUCUUCCGUGAAGCUAUCAUUGUAAAGCCUGCUUCAGAAUCAGACGACUCCAAGGGAACUCCCCGCCGGUUCGAGAGUAAGGAUGAGUCCGGAAAGCGAGUAAUUCACACUUCGAGAUACGAUGCACAGCUUCAUGUCUUACACACGACCGAGAAGAGUUUUACAGAAGAUCCAACCGGCGCCGAAUAUGCUGCAUGGUCCAAGACUUUCGAUGUAGAAAGCAAGACUGAGGUUAUCAGCGCUGCCCUGGCCAAGUAUCCGGACCUACGAGCGAACAUGGAAAAGCUUGUUCCCGACAAGGUUCCCUAUGCAGACUUCUGGAGGCGAUACUGUUUCCUCCGACAUAGUAUCGAGACAGCUGAAGCACGUCGCCGAGAUUUAUUAAAGGCCGCCUCCGCCGAAGAAGAGAUUGGAUGGGGCGAGGAAUCCGACGAGGAGGAAUCGGAAGAAGAAUCUGACGAAGAGUCCGACGAAGAUACGGCGCCAGCUAAGCCGGUGCAAAAGCCGACUGAAAAGCCCGCGCGGCCGGCUUCUACCGAGUCCUCUACAACAAUCCACCCGCCGGCAGUUACCACUUCGGACAAGAACCGUUUGAAGCCAUCCGAACCUCGUAAGUCCAACGAUGAGAAAUCUCAACCUGACAGCGAUACGAGCUACGAUGUUGUAGGCGCGGCGUCCGGAAAUCCAAGCCAGGCCCCGAACAGUCCCAAGGAGGCCCGGAAAGCGGAUAAUAGCGAUGACAGCGAUGAUGAUGAAUGGGAGUAA